AUGGAACCAGUGCGCUUCCGUCCCGCCCAACGAGCUGUCGCAUCAGAUUACUUCCCCGAAAACGACGACGAGUCCGACGGCAACCGAGAUCAGGACAACGACACCUCCACACAAACAGCCGCCAUAGCCAAGGCUCGUCGUCGUGCACGCUUUCAAGGCGUGGCGUUUCGCGCUGGAGGCGGCGGCGGCGGCGCAUCAUCAAAUCAAUCAUCAUCUUCGUCUGCGCUGGUCAAGCCCGAGACCCAGGUGUUGAUGGGUAUAGAUGAUCGCUUCACCAAGCAGACCGGUCUGAUAAGCGACAUAAACGACCGACACAUGAAUGAGUACAUAGAAUCCCGGCUACGUAAGGCGGAGCCCGACGACGACGACGACGACGACAACGACUACGACUACGACGACGACGCGACCGAAGGCGAUGUGGCAGCCGCAGCCGCAACAAGAUACCUGCAGUCCCAGCCAUCUACCAAGUCCGCCCAGCCUCUCGUCCAAGGGAAAUUGAUGGAGGUCGAAGUGCCCAGGCAGUCACAAGGCAACGGCCAAGGCCGUCAAGUGCCGACCGAUUCUGACGCUGCACCAUCCACCAAGCAUGGAAAGGCGCGUAAACGCCGCGGAAGCGACGACAUCAAGCGUGAUAAAAUGGUCGAGGAAUUUCUCCACGAAAACAGACUGGAUGUAUACGACGUACCGGAACCCCAGACUACCUCGACCGGUGUUGACGGCGAGGCCGACGAGCGCCUGUCACGCCAGUUCCGCCAGCAGUUCCAGGAGGAAAUGGCCCGCAGGAGGGAGCGCAAGAGGCUGGCCAUACAGUCGUACCGCAAGAAGCCUGCCGGCAAGGGAGGCUUGCACGGCGGCAUCAGCAAGCCCAUCCAGGUGCUUAGGGGUCCCAAGCUGGGUGGCAGUCGCAACUCGAGGGCUGCCGUGAGGAACGCCCUUCUCGAGCAGGCGAGGGAGAAGGCUAAACGGUAG